AUACAUACAAAUAAAUAUCUGGUUUCCUCGUUUAUCUUGUUUGCAAUUAAUACAAAUUACUCCUCUCAGAAUGACAUUUUUAUAACUGACCCAUAACAAAUUAUCAUUAUCAUCAAACUUGACUAAUUUCUCGCAAAAUCAUUGUUCAAUAUACAAAAAGAUCAAGAUUUUUGGUUAGCAUUGAUGGUGGUGAGGUUUAGCCCUUUUUCUCUUACACUGUCACAACAGCCUCAUAAUCAUCAAUCUUCAUGUUUCUCUAAACAAGUAACUGUUAGCUGCAAUUAUGGAAUGAAAAGGUUUAAUCUUGGAAGACAACAAAUACUGUCUUCUGCUUUAGAGGACACUGAUGGGUUGCGUGUGUUUGUGGUUUCUGAUUUGCAUACUGAUUAUGAUGAGAAUUUGAAGUGGGUUGAGUCUUUGUCAUCUGUGGAUUAUAAGGAUGAUGUCCUUCUUGUGGCUGGUGAUGUUGCUGAAACAUAUAACAUGUUUUUUAUUACAAUGUCUCUUUUGAGAGAGAGAUUUGAACAUGUUUUCUAUGUUCCUGGGAAUCAUGACCUUUGGUGUCGUCGCGAGGGACAAAAUUAUGCUGAUUCUCUUGAAAAGUUUAACAAGUUGCUUGAUGCAUGUAAGAGAAUUGGAGUAGAGACAAAUCCAACGGUUGUGGGUGCAUUAGGAAUCAUUCCUUUGUUCUCUUGGUACCAUGAGAGCUUUGACAAAGAGAAAGACAUAACAGGCUAUCGCAUCCCGUCUUUGGAGAUGGCGUGUAAGGACUUCCAUGCAUGUAACUGGCCCAAUGGACUUUCAAAUGGAGAUACCUCGCUCUCUUUAUAUUUUGAUGCCCUAAAUGAUAACCAAAUAGAAAUGAUACAGGAGAUUCAGAAGACGUGUGAUCAUAUCAUUUCCUUUUCCCACUUUGUUCCCAGGCAAGAACUUUGUCCAGAAAAGAGGAUGUUAUUCUAUCCGAAGCUCCCAAAAAUAAUUGGUUCAGACCCUCUUGAAGAUCGAAUAAGGUCUAUACAUGGUGAUAUGGGAAGGAAGGAUGCAUCUUCUUGUCAUGUGUUUGGUCAUACUCACUUCUGUUGGGAUGCUGUUGUAGAUGGCAUAAGGUAUGUACAGGCACCCUUAGCUUACCCAAGGGAAAGGAAGAGAAGAAUGAAUGGAGGAGAAAAUUGGCUACCAUUUUGUCUUUAUGCUGACAAAAAGUUUACUGAUAAACUCAAUCCUUGCUUUUGGUCUGAUUAUUACUCUGUCAAUCCCAGGACACCUCAUGACACUAAACUUGCUCCUUGGGUAGCCAGAUUUUACAAGAAAAAGCAAAGUAUAGAUGUAUAGUGCUAAUUUGAUAUUUUUAAGCUGGAUUUGUUUAUUACUUUAAAAUACUGAAGAAGAAUUUCCCUCUAUUUAUUGUUA